AUGUUGGUGAGGAAAGGCAUUAUUGUUUCAUCAUUAAAAGUUGUGGUGUUUGUUGCUGCUGUUGUUGUGGGGUUGGAAAUCUGUGGGGCUCAGAAUAUCAGCAGAGCAAGUUUCCCCAAAGGCUUUGUUUUUGGAACUGCCUCUUCUGCAUAUCAGGUUGAAGGAGCUGUGGAGGAAGAUGGAAGGGGAGCAACUAUAUGGGACACAUUUUCACAUACUUUUGGGAAAAUAGCUGAUUUUAGUAACGGUGAUGUAGCAGUAGAUCAAUAUCAUCGAUAUUUAGAAGAUAUUCAACUGAUGAAGGACUUGGGAAUGGAUGCCUAUAGAUUUUCUAUUGCAUGGUCAAGAAUUUUCCCCAAUGGAAGUGGAGAAAUCAAUCAAGCUGGGGUUGAUCACUACAACAAACUCAUUGAUGCUUUACUGGCAAAUGGUAUUGAACCGUAUGUGACACUUUACCAUUAUGACCUUCCUCAGGCACUGCAAGAUAGAUACAACGGGUGGCUGAACCGACAAGUCAUCAAGGAUUUUGCAGCCUACGCAGAGACUUGUUUCGAGAAAUUCGGUGACAGAGUGAAGCAGUGGGCGACGAUCAACGAGCCACGUAGCGUUACAGUGCUGGGAUAUGACCUUGGGGUUCAGGCGCCAGGCCACUGCAGCAUCUUCCUCCAUUUACUUUGCAGUGAAGGCAACUCUGCAACCGAGCCUUACAUUGUGGCUCACAAUCUACUCCUUGCUCACGCCGCCGCUGUCCAUAUCUACAGAACCAAAUUUCAGGCAGAACAGGGUGGGAAGAUCGCGAUAGUGGUAGAGAGUUUCUGGUAUGAGCCCCUCACAAACUCCCAUGAAGACAUUGAAGCAAAACAGCGAGCCAUUGACUAUUACUUAGGCUGGUUUCUUGAGCCUGUGAUGACUGGGGACUAUCCUGGGUCGGUAAUAAGCGGGGCAGGCGAUCGAUUACCUAAAUUUUCUGCAGCGGAAUCUGCUCUUCUAAAGGGAUCUUAUGAUUAUUUGGGUGUAAAUCACUAUACAACAUGGUAUGUUGCCAGCGACAGGACCAACAUCAUGGAUAUACUCCUCCAUGACACCCUUGCAGAUUCCGGCGCUGUUACUCUCCCAUACAGAGGUCUGAUACCAAUAGGAAAAAGGGCUAAUUCAAUAUGGUUGUACAUAGUUCCUCGUGGGAUGAGAAACUUACUGAAUUACAUUAAAGAUAAGUAUGGGAACCCUCUUGUCUUCAUUACUGAAAAUGGAAUGGAUGAUCCUAAAUCGGACGGCUUACAUGACUUUCAAAGGAUCAAGUUUCACCAUGACUAUCUGACAAGCCUGCUAGCUGCAAUCAAAGAGGAUGGGUGCAAUGUGAAAGGGUAUUUUGCAUGGUCAUUGUUGGAUAACUGGGAAUGGACAGUUGGAUUCUCCUCAAGAUUUGGUCUAUACUAUGUUGACUAUGAUGACAACCUCAAGAGAAUUCCCAAGGAUUCUGCCAAGUGGUUCAAGAAUUUCUUGGCUUCUUGAAUUAUGAUGAUUUGAUAAGGUGGUAAUUGCAACUACAUAUAUGCUUCAAAGUGAAUUGUAAAAAAAUUAAAUAAAGAAAAUUUUUAGUUUAAGGACUAUGAUGGCAUUACCCCAUUUGAUUUUUGAC